CCAAACUCCCACCGCCCUCUCCGAUUGGUCCGAGCCGUCCCCGCCCCUUUCCCUUCCAGCCAAUCGAAGCACAGGGACGUAGCGCUGCUUCCGAGCUGCCGCCUUCUGAUUGGCGGAAGCGGGACCUUUGGGCGGAGCGCGUUUUGAUUGGUCGAGCCGCGGGCGCUGAGGCAGGCGAUUGGCUGGGGCGGGGAGGGCGGAAGUGGAGGGGCGGAGACGGGAAAGAUGCAGGCCGCUCCCCAGGACUACCGGAACGUUCCCAUCGACAUCCAGACCAGCAAGCUGCUGGACUGGCUGCUGGACCGGCGGCACUGCGGGCGGCGCUGGCCCGCGCAGGUGGCGCAGGUGCGGGAGCGGAUCCGGGCGGCGCUGCAGGACAUGCCCGAGCACCCCGAGAUCCGAGCGCUGCUCCAGGGCUCCUACCUGCACUACUUCCACUGCCUGCGCAUCGUGGAGAUCCUCAAGGGCACCGAGGCCUCCACCAAGAACCUCUUUGGGCGCUACUCGUCCCAGAGGAUGAAGGACUGGCAGGAGAUCGUGUCCCUCUACGAGAAGGACAACGCCUACCUGGCCGAGCUCUCGAGCCUGCUGGGGCGCAGCGUGGCCUACGAGCUGCCGGCGCUGCGGCGGCAGCGGGGCCGGUGGCAGCAGGCGCAGCAGGAGCUGGCGCGGCGCGAGGACGAGUGCCAGCUGCGGGCGGGCGAGCUCCGCGAGCGCUUCCUGGGCUCGUGCCGCCAGUACGGCAUCGCCGGUGAGGACGUGCGCCAGGAGCUGCUGGCUCAGGCGCAGGCGCUGCCAUCGCUGCUGUCCCGCGUCGGGGACGGCGCCAGCGCCCUCGGGGACGCCAUCGAGCUGUACCAGGCCUGCGUGGCCUUCGUGUGUGACAGCCCCGGGGCCGAGGCGCUGCCGCUGCUGCGGCACGUGGCGGCCAACGGGAACUCCUCGGUGUUCCGGUGGCGCACCGGGCGGGAGCCGCGGCGCCUGGAGCGGCCCGAGCCGCCGCGGGCACCGGAGCCGCCCCGGGAGGACACGAUUGACUGGGGGGAUUUCCCCGCGGAGCCGCCCCAGGGCGGGGACAUCGACUGGGACAUCACGGUGGAGCCCAGCCCCCAGGGGGACGAUGGCAUCGACUGGGGCGAUGGAGAGAAGGGGACAAUCACAGCAGAGCCCAGUCCCCAGGGGGACGAUGGCAUCGAUUGGGGUGAUGGAGAGAAGGGACAGGAGGGGACAAUCUCAGCAGAGCCCAUUCCCCAGGGUGACGAUGGCAUCGACUGGGGUGACGCGGGGGGACAGGAGGGGACGAUCACCGUGCUGGAGGCUGGAACUGAGGCCCCCGAGGACGUCGCGCGCGGCUCGGACGCGCUGACCCUGCUGGAGAACCCCGAGACACGGAACCAGUUCAUCGACGAGCUGAUGGAGCUGGAGCUGUUCCUGGCGCAGCGGCUGCUGGAGCUGGAGGACGAGGCCGACGUGGUGGCCAUGAGCCAGCUGCAGCUGGCCCCGGCCGUGCUGCAGGGCCAGAGCCGCGAGCGGGUGCAGGCCCAGCUGGCCACCACGCGGGAGCUGCUGGCCCAGCUCUGCUCCCGCAGCGUGCAGCACCUCUGCAUGAUCCUCGCCUCGCCCAGGUACGUGGAGCGGGUGGCCGCGCUGCUGCGGCAGCAGCUGCUGCAGGCCGAGCUGCUGCUGGCCAAGAGAGCCGCGCUGGGCCAGCGGCGCCGCCAGGCCCUGGCCGAGCAGGCGGCCCUGGAGCCCAAACUGCAGCGGCUGCAGGAGAGGACCAAGGAGCUGCAGGAGCUGAUCGAGGCCGACAUCUCCAAGCGCUACGGGGGGCGCCCGGUGAACCUGAUGGGCGUCAACCUGUGACACCUGGGGACAUCAACCUGUGACACCUGGGGACAUCAGAGUGUGACACCCGAGGACACCAGUCUGUGCCCCCCAGGGACACGGGGGGUCCCCAGGGUGUCCCGCCCCACCCGGGGGUGCUGCGGGGUUUGGGGGUGUCGGUGAAUAAACCCGGAUUUGGUGUCA